CAUGUUCAUCGUCUCGCUGCCGUUCGCCGUGCUGCGCGGAGGGUACUGGGCUAUCGUCGCCAUGGUGGGCAUCGCCCACAUCUGCUGCUACACGGGCAAGAUCCUGGUCGAGUGUCUGUACGAGGUGGACGUGACCACGGGGCGCCGCGUCCGCGUGAGGGACUCCUACGUGUCCAUCGCCCGGGAGUGUUUCGGGGCCAAGUGGGGUGCCCUGGCGGUCAACGCGGCCCAGAUCAUCGAGCUGCUCAUGACGUGCAUCCUGUACGUGGUGGUGUGCGGGGACCUCAUGAUUGGCGCCUUCCCCGAGGGCUCCAUCGACGCGCGGUCCUGGAUGAUGAUGGUCGGCAUCGUGCUGGUGCCGCUGGGCUUCCUCAAGUCUCUCCACCACGUCUCCAUGCUCAGCUUCUGGUGCACCAUGUCGCACUUGUUCAUCAACGCCGUCCUGUUGGGGUACUGCCUGCUGGAGAUUGGCGACUGGGGCUGGGGGCAGGUCAAGUGGGGCAUCGACAUGGAGAACUUCCCCAUCUCUCUGGGUGUGAUCGUCUUCAGCUACACGUCCCAGAUCUUCCUGCCCACCCUAGAGGGCUGCAUGGAGGACCGAUCAAAGUUUGACUGGAUGCUCGACUGGUCUCACGUGGCUGCCGCCGCUUUUAAGUCCAUCUUCGGUUACGUCUGCUUCCUCACCUUCCAGAGCGACACUCAGGAGGUGAUCACGAACAACCUGCACUCCCCCGGGUUCAAGGGCCUGGUCAACUUUGUCCUCGUGCUCAAAGCUGUUCUCUCCUAUCCACUGCCGUACUAUGCUGCCUGCGAAAUUCUCGAGAAGAUCUUCUUCAAGGGCAAGCCCGAGACACCGUUCCCGACCAUCUGGGCCCUGGACGGCGAGCUCAAGGUCUGGGGUCUGGCCUUCAAGGUGGGCGUCAUCGUCUUCACCGUGCUCAUGGCCAUCUUCAUCCCGCACUUCGCCAUCCUCAUGGGCUUCAUCGGCAGCUUCACGGGAACCAUGCUGAGCUUCAUCUGGCCCUGCUACUUCCACCUGCAGCUCAAGCGCGACACUCUCGACCGCAACACCAUCUUGUACGACUACUUCAUCAUCUUCCUCGGCUGCCUGUUCGCAGUGAUCGGCAUCUGGGACUCGGGCUCGGCCCUCAUCAAGGCCUUCCAGAUCGGCCUCCCCUUCUAAUCACCUCGCUAGUCCACCUCGCGCCCGUCAACACCAGUGCCCCCCCCCCC